CUGUACUCAUAGGCCUUUUGAUAAUAAAAGCAACAAUACCUUCAGUUCUGUAAUAAUAUUUAUUAAUCCAUUAUAAUAUAUAUCAUUUUAGCUCAUUUCCAGUAUGUGGCAGAUGUGAUUCCCAAUAUCACUGCACUGCCUCAUUCAUGUGUGGUAAUACCGUGUAGUUUCAAGAUGGAGGAAUAUGUCACUCGUCUUCGGGUUCUUUGGGUCACUGAUGGAGGUGGCUACAUGUUCCACACGGAUCCAGUCGAUGUCUUGAACAACUUCAAAGGCCGCACAAGACUCCUCGGAAACCCGGAUGAACAUAACUGUACUGUGGAGAUGGAUAAUGUGCAAACUCAUGACAACGGGCCGUUCUGCUUCCGGGCAGAAAAAGGAAACAGGAAAUACAGCUUCAACAACAGCUGUGUGUUCAUUAUUAUGCAGGCAUCUCCCGACAAACCUGUGAUGUCAUCCCUCCCUGAAGACAUCGAGCCCAAGACACGCAUCACCGUCAAAUGCUCAGUCAACCACACAUGCUCCUCUCACCCUCCCCAAAUCACCUGGAGCGUCCCAACAGCCCGAGAAACUAUCAGCCACAGUCACAUGGGUGGAGGCGUCUGGGAAACAGUGUCCUCUGUGACCUUUAUUCCAACUGGAUAUGAAGAGAAAGAUGAAAUUGUCUGCACUGCCAACUUUUGGGGCGGUAGAACACAGGAAAACACUGGCUUCCUGAAUAUUAGAAGAGUUCAGGGGCUUAGAUUGGAGACUAUUGGGUCUAGUAUCAUUGCUCCCACACUUGUGUUCGUUCUUAUUUGUGUACUUGUGGGAGUCUUCAUAUAUAAAAUGCGACACAGACAGCUUCAUCCAGAUAUGCAAGGGUCACAAUCUGAACGGAGGAGGUCGGUUUGGAACAGAUUAUCAAGUCGUUUAAGAACGUCUGACAGAAGUGAUAGAAGGCAAGUAUACCAGAGAAAGGUCAGAAAAGUUAGUGUCAGUAUUUAUUUCAAAUGAACUAACUAGUGCCAUCAACAGGUACACUGGAGAUGCUACUCGAAGACAUAUGAGGCUUGAACAAAGGCAGGUUGAAA